AUGGCCAAGGCAAGUUAUAAGUCGUCUGAAUAUGUAGACGAAUCCGAGAUGGAAGAUUCAAGCUCACCCGAGCCUGCAUUUGAAAAACCAAAGAAUUACACUCGAUUGGCCCCGUCGCAAAGCCUAACAUCUGACAUCAAGGACAAGGAAAUAUGGUUGAUCAAGACGCCCAGGGAUUUUCCCAUCCACAAAUUGAAAGCGUUACCUAUAUCAUUCAGCAAUGCCAAAAAAGCAGAACCUUUUGAACUCAACGGCGUGCACUUUGAAAUUGAUGAAGAUUUGGGGUCGAGCCCUUCAUCGAUCCCCGCAGCUGAAGAAGUAAAUAACAGGCACACUGUCCUCAAAGCCAAUAAAGGGACUUAUCAACCGACAAACUACAAAUUCAGUCGGUUCUACAAUAUAAGAGAAGUUGUCAAUAUACCGGAGAUUGAUUUUGCAAAAGCGCAAAUCCCACGAAGCGAUGUGCCGAAGGUUGACAACUUGAGAAUGAGACAUUUCCCCACGGGAUACACGGAAGAGGACUAUGAUGUCUAUAACCACGGCGAAGAAGCUAGAAGGAAGGGCGAGGAGACGGAGCAGGCGAAGAUGAAGAAGAAGAGCGAAAAGAAAAGAAAGUUGGAGGUCGAAGAAGAUGAUGAUGAUGAAGAAGAAGAAAAUGACGGUGACGCCAAGGUUAAAAAGGAGAAAAAGGACAAGAAGCACAAGAAGGACAAGAAGGACAAGAAGGACAAGAAGGACAAGAAGGACAAGAAGGAUAAGAAGAGCAAGAAGGACAAGAAAGCUAAGAAGGAAAGUAGUUGA